GAGUUGUUUCCCCUUGAUUUGAGCGACACCAUCCAAAGAUGGAGGUGGGCUUGGCAGGGAAAAGAACUGGAGUGCCAAAGUUGAGAGAGCUGUUGCGGCGACAGCGGAGAGAUUCUGAGACAAUGACAGAGGUUCCUGACAUUGAAUUCUCCUACAGUGAUGCUGAUAAGUACAGUGCUGAAAUAUCAGAGUUAUACAGUUACACAGAGGAGCCAGAAUACCCACAGAAUCAGGAGAACUUUGAAGAGCUGUGCAACAAACAUGGCUUGGAAAAGUGGACAACAGCCCCUGAAAAUAUAAGGAGAAGGUUCACAGUUUAUCUACAAAAUGAGCUGGAGGUUGCUGACCGACACCGGCGUCUCAAAGCAAUACAAGCAACCCUGUACCUUGCUCAAGGUGUGUUUGGGGAGUGUGAGUCAGAGGAUCACCAGGAGGUCUGGGCCAGGAAGAAUGUUUACCUGUUAUAUGACCAAGGCUUGUUUGUUUCCUUUGUUGAGCUGCUGGCCAUGGAAAUAGACAACAGCUCCGCAGCAUCUUCUGCCAUGAGGAAGCCUGCAGUAUCUGUUGCAGAUAGCAAGGAACUCAGAUGUAUCCUGAAUGUGUUGUACACUGUGGUGGAGACGAUGAGAACACCGACAGAAGAUGAAGUGGAGGAGGAGAGGGAGAUCAGAGAGGCGUUUCUCACUGACAUCAACCAGCCUCUUAUUGGUGAUGACAGUCUUCCAAUUACUCUGUUUGCCAUGGUAACAAAGUUCUGCAGUGGAAGUGCGCCCCACUUUCCCAUGAAGAAGGUUCUGCUGCUCUUAUGGAAAGUUGUACUGGUCUCCUUAGGAGGAUUAAAGGAACUGCAGGAUAUCAAGAAUCAAGUACGACAGGAGAAUGGCCUGCCUCCAUUACCAGAAGACACAUAUGAAGUGUGCAAAAACAUGAGGGCUUCUUCGCCUCCUGCGUCUGCUGCUGACCUCAUUGAACAACAGGUGCCCCGGCGUGGACCUCGGGGUGGCAAACGGAGUUUGGUCAAACAGAGCAGUCUAGAUGACCCCUUUGAGAAUGGAGCUGAACGUGAUGAUGAUCUGAUGAGAGAGAUUGACCCAAUGAAGAAUGGGAGUGACGAGGAGUUACCUCCCACUCCACCCAGACCCUCCACACCCACUGUCACACAGAGGUCAUUGCCAUGGAAACCAAAAGUCAGGUUAAAGGACUUGGAGAUGUUUCUGGAGCACACCCGAGGCAAGUUUGUGGGGUUCCAGGUGAAGAACGACCACUCUUCCCUGGCGGGUCUACCACAACCCAUACACGAGGGUGUCAAGGUUCUCAAACAGCAUUUGUAUAUAUCUUUGUCUGAAAUCCAAAUCAAACGUGAAGAGGAGAUUGCCAAAAAUCCUUUGUCAAAGCCCGAGUCCGAGGUAACCUCAGGCGGUGCUGAGAUCUUAUAUCAAGCCAUGCUACCUAAUCUACCUCAGUACAUGAUAGCCCUUCUGAAGUUACUGCUUGCUGCAGCUCCUACAUCGAAGGCCAAGACCGAGUCAAUCAACAUCCUGGCUGAUGUGUUGCCGGAGGAGAUGCCGACUACAGUGUUGCAGUCCAUGAAGCUGGGUAUUGAUGUAAACCGACACAAGGAAAUCAUAGUCAAGGCCAUCUCAGGACUUCUUCUUCUGCUGCUCAAACACUUCAAACUCAACCAUGUGUACCAGUUUGAGUUCAUGAGUCAGCAUCUGGUGUUUGCCAACUGUAUUCCACUUGUGCUGAAGUUCUUUAACCAGAACAUCCUGUCUUAUGUCAGUGCCAAAAAUAGCAUACCUGCCUUGGACUUCCCCAACUGUGUGAUCGGAGACCAGCCGGAACUGACAGCAGAGAACAUAUUCACGUCCGAGGAGGCGCAGGAGAAUGGAGACAGUCAGCCAUACUGUUGGAGGAAUCUGUUUUCCUGUAUCAACUUGCUUCGCAUCCUAAACAAGCUCACAAAGUGGAAGCAUUCUCGUACAAUGAUGCUUGUUGUGUUCAAAUCUGCACCUAUUCUGAAGCGAGCUCUGAAGGUGAAGCAUGCAAUGAUGCAACUGUAUAUUCUCAAGCUCCUCAAGAUGCAGACCAAAUACCUGGGACGACAGUGGAGGAAAAGCAACAUGAAAACCAUGUCAGCUAUCUACCAGAAAGUCCGACAUCGACUUGGUGAUGAUUGGGCAUAUGGAAAUGAUAUGGAUGCCAGACCAUGGGACUUCCAGGCAGAAGAAUGUGCACUGCGAGCUUGUGUUGAUCGUUUUAACAACCGUCGAUAUGGCACCAACGGCACAGACCCUGACUUUAAGCCAGUGGAUACAUGCACGCUGAGUGUACUGGGAGAAUCAGUAGAACUAAGUGAUGAGUUCAUGCACAACUAUGAGCGAUGGCUGGACAUGGAGGUGUUCUCAAGUCAGAUAGACUGGGAUCAGUUACUGUGAGAGCAGGCUCUCACACUACUGUGCUGGUCACAGUGAAUGCUGCCAGACAUCACAUGACAUCACAUGUGUGGGACACAAGAAAUACUCGUGUGAAAUCAUGCAUCUGAAGUGGUCUCUCAUUUUCCAAACAGUUUUCUGUACAUAUGUGGAUGACCUGUGUUGUAAAUUACUGUAUAAAAAUGGAUGUUAGAUUUACUACAUGAGCACUUUAGGUGGUCAAUCUGUGCCAUUACCGUAAAUAGAAUCUGUGGAGGUACAAGGCUGAUCACAUUAAUGACUAUAUCCACCUUCAACCACAGUGCUCUUGUUUCAAUGAUGUCAAGACAUUGGAAUCAUAAUCUUUGUGAAGGCACCCACGUAGUUCAUUGUCUGAGCAUGAGUCCAAGUUGUGUAAAAGAAUGAUUUAACCAACA